AUGCUACCGAUCGCUAUUCCUGAGAUCCCCCUGUCCCUUGUUGCCCCUGCCGCCGCUACAACCUUCGCAUAUCUGAAUGCCAAGUAUUCUUUAUUCUACGACGUAAACCUAAUCGGCGGCUUGCUUAAGACCAUUUGGAGAUCCAGCCUCGCCCUUCGUCGUGAUAACGUGAACCUCUUUUAUGUGUUGGAGCAACACGCACUCGCUCCGGGGACCAAAGAUGCCGAAUUUAUUGUCUACAACGGGCGCGCAUGGACAUUUCACGAAACAUACGUGACUGUGCUGCGUUAUGGUUCCUGGUUUCAGAAAGUCCACGGGGUCAAACCCAAGGAUGUGGUGGCCAUUGAUUUCAUGAACUCCUCGACCUUCAUCUUCCUUGUGCUAGGUCUCUGGAGUAUCGGCGCGGUGCCGGCUUUCAUCAAUUAUAAUUUGUCAGGGAAACCUCUGACGCACUGCAUCCGGGUGUCGACCGCCCGGUUGCUAGUUGUCGAUGAGGAAGUCCGGCCUUGUUAUCCGCCGGAACAGUUGGAGACCUUGGCGUCGCCCGACUUCCGGGAUGGUAAGGGCGCGAUGGAGGUGGUUUUUUUCACCCCUGAAGUGGAGGCACAGAUCUCUCAAAUGGAAGCCACUCGUCAGGAAGAUACAGUGCGUGCUGGCGUGGUUCUCCGUGACAUGGCCAUGCUCAUCUACACCAGCGGUACCACCGGUCUUCCCAAGCCCGCGAUCAUCAGUUGGAGAAAGUGCUGGAAUGGGGGGGUCUUUAUCCCCAACUGGCUCAGCCUGUCACAAGGGGAUCGUAUCUUCACAUGCAUGCCGCUCUACCACUCAUCGGCCUGUAUACUUGGGUUCGGAGCCUGUUUGAUGAGUGGGACAACCCUGAUUAUCGGUCGCAAGUUCUCUGCCCGCAGCUUCUGGCGAGAGGCACGAGAGAGCCAUGCGACCAUCGUCCAGUAUGUGGGCGAGACUUUGCGAUACCUGCUGGCGGUGCCUCCCUCCAUAGACCCGGCCACGGGUGAGGACCUGGACAAGAAACACAAUAUACGGAUAGCAUUUGGCAACGGGUUACGCCCGGACAUUUGGAACCGCUUCAAGGAGCGCUUCAAUGUGCCCACGGUCGGCGAAUUCUAUGCGGCCACCGAAGGGACGUCGGGAUCGUGGAACUUGUCGUCCAAUGAUUUCUCUGCUGGCGCCAUCGGACGAAAUGGUCGGCUUAGCUCGUUGAUCCUCGGAGGAGGGGUGCAAGUCGUCCAAGUCGAUCACGAAUCCCAGGAGCCCUGGCGCGAUCCCAAGACCGGCUUCUGCAAAGUGGUGCCUCGGGGCGAGCCGGGCGAGCUUCUGUGGGCCGUCGAUGCCGGUGACCCUAGCGAAAAGUUCCAGGGGUAUUUCAAUAACUCCAAGGCCACUGAGGGCAAAAUCCUCUUCGAUGUACUGCGCAAGGGCGAUGCGUUCUUCCGUACAGGCGACAUGGUCCGUUGGGACGCCGAAGGACGCUGGUAUUUCAACGACCGACUCGGCGACACCUUCCGCUGGAAGAGCGAAAACGUGUCGACCAGUGAAGUCGCCGAGAUUCUUGGCGCCCAUGCCGACGUGCAGGAGGCCAACGUCUACGGGGUGGCCUUGCCCAACCAUGACGGCCGUGCCGGCUGUGCCGCCGUCGUUCUGGAGCAACAACUCCACGCAACCGAUCCAUCGGUUCUGUCCCUACCGAGUCCAAGCACUCUCGAAAGCCUGGCGAGCCACGUCCUGAAGAGCCUUCCCCGGUACGCUGUGCCACUGUUCCUGCGCUUCACGCCGCAGAUGCAAGCCACGGGUAACUACAAACAGCAGAAACAUGUGCUGCGCACCGAAGGCGUCGACCCGUCACUGGUCAACGCCUCCGACAAGAUCUAUUGGCUCCAGGAGAACACGUACGUGCCGUUUGGGCAGAAGGACUGGACCCGACUCCAGGGCGGGCAGGUUAAACUGUAA